CGCGUUUGUUUGCUCUGUUUUGUGGGAUUGAUCCUGUAAUGGCAUGGAAUUGGAAUGCAGGAGAGCUUCGCUCCAUCGUCCCGGCGAAGAUCUGCACAAGCGCGACGAGCCGUCGCUGCAGGAAGCGAUCAAUCUUAAGCUCGUCGAGAGCGGGGAAAAGGAGAAGCUCAAGGAUCUUUUGCGAGAGAGAUUGAUCGAGUGUGGAUGGAAAGACGAAUUAAAAGCACAGUGCCGAGCAUUCACUCGGAAGAGAGGAAGAUCAAACGUAACAAUUGACGAGCUUGUCCGGGCUAUCACUCCUAAAGGACGAGCUUUGGUUCCAGAUGAUGUCAAGGCAGAGCUUUUGCAAAGAAUCCGAACGUUUCUUCUGUCUGUCCAGUUCUGAUACUACGUGGGAAGUUAGUCUAUUUAUCAAACAUGCCAACACUAUCGUGGAUUGCCAUUCUAAACCUUAGCAAGCUUGUAAGAAGCAAAA